GAAUGAAUUAAGUUGUAUAUGUGUCUCUUAAAAGUAUGUAAAAACACACACCUCCACCCUUCAUUCUCUUUGUAUUUUCCCCCAUGAACAGGAACAUGUAGUUGCACUCAACAAACAAAUUGUGGAAAGUGGAGGAAAGCCUUUACUAGGUAAAGAUCCUUCUAAUAUCAGCAGACUUGAGUGGCAAUCAGAGGAAUUCCUGAAUGCAGUGUUACACAGGAAAGAAUACGCGCCAAGAAUUCCAGAUCCUCACAUCCCUGUGGUGGCUUGUGGUAUCUUGCAGCAGAUGAUUAAUAAGUUAGCUUCAUAUUAUACCUCAAGAAACAACUGCUCUCAGGACUCCCUUCAGAACAAUGGAAAAAAGGAACAAAGCCUUCUGAAAACUAGCUGUAUCACUUCAUCCACUGCUGUCAAAAUAGACUCCGUUGCUUCUGCUCAGGAAAAGUUCGUCAUGGUGGACCAAGAUGCCCCGCUGGACCUUUCUCUGAGAAAGAUCAAAGUGGAGGACUUUGAGCAAGAUGGAGUUCUUGAUCUUUCGACUAAGAAGAAUUUUAACAAAGGCCAUACAUCUUUAAGGAAUUCUCAUGUCAGCCCAACUACACAUUUGGUCAAAAGGGACUCCAUCGACCUGAGUCUUGCUCAAGUAAAAGAUCUACAGUCUGUGAACACUUUGGAACUGUUCAUGUCAAAGCUGUGUUUGCACCACCAGCACCAAAUAGUUGAUGCAUUAGGCUUCUUACAAAGCGAAGUCAAGACUGUGGCUGCUUCCAACCAUUUCCAAGCACCCACACCAGAUUUGUCUGAGAAGCAGGCAACAACCAGCUGCAGUUAUGCAUCGUUUGAAACCAGCUCUGAGAUUCAGCAGUCUGAGAGAACAUGCUCCGUGGAUGCUGCUGUGAGCGUUUGUAAGACUCAAGAGUCAUCUGUUGUCACAAACAGUCAAAAGCCUACUGCAGAGGUGUUAAAGGCUGAUGUUUCCAGUGUUGCACGGAUGAAAAUGUUAGGGAAGGACGAUUUGGGAUGA